AUGUAUGAUUCGAUUGCGCAGCAGGAUGUAGCGGAGACAGAGCAUACAACUGAUCCUGUUGGAGUGGUAGAUACAAAUGAUGCUAAUCCAGGUUUUAGUGUGAGGAGGAGUAAGCAAAGAUAUAAUUCUGCUACAAAAACAAUGAAGACGAAGAUGUUCCAUUGUUCGAAGGAUGGAUUUAAAAGGAGUACAGGAAAAGGGUGUUAUUCUAAAAUUGAUGGUCGUACAGGUUGUGGUGCAUUUGUCCAAUUCGAUUUACAUGAGAAUGAGAUGUGGAUUGUUUCGAAGCAUGAGAAGUUGCAUAAUCAUGAAUUGGUUCCACCAAGCAAGAGUUACCUUCUAAGGUCACAUAGGAUGCUGUCUAGGAAUCAUAUAUCCUAUCUUACUGAUUUGAAGAGCAGUGGUGUGUCUGUUGCAGAUGGUGUAAGAUUCCUUAAAACACAAUCAGGGGGAUCACCACUUGUUGGGUUUACAAGUAGGGAUGCAUAUAACUCUCUAUGUACCGAUGCAUUGAACAGAUUGGAUGGUACCGAUUCAAACACAUUGAUUGAAAUAUUCAAACGGAGGCAGUCAAGUGAAAGGGAUUUUUACUUUGAUUUUGAGGUGGAUUUGGAGUCAAGUCCACAAAGCAUAAUGACUGAUCAAUGUGCUGCUAUGGCUGCUGCAAUUGUUCAAGUUUUUCUAAGUUCACGACAUCGGCUAUGUAUAUGGCAUAUUGGCGAGAACUCAAAGAAGCACAUUAAAGGGUUAAGAAAUCAAAAAUAUUUCCUAGAUAUAUUCAAUUGCUUGUUAAAGUAUACGGAUACAGAGGCAGAGUUUGAAUUUUACUGGACAAGAGAAAAAUGGUGUCCUGCUUUUAAUAAAGAUUAUUUUUCGGGUGGGAUUUUAUCUUCUCAAAGGAGUGAGACCACCAAUCACUCUAUUUCUAGAAGGUUGUCCAAGACAUCUGGUUUGUGUGAUUUUUAUAACUCAUUUGUUGGGGUCAUAUCAGAGUGGAGAAGUAGAGAGAAUGGGGAAGAUGUUCGGUGUUCACAAGGUGUACCGACAAUGGUGAUGGAUAAUGUUAAGAUUCUGUUGCAUGCUAGGGAAUUUUAUACAAUUGAGAUAUACUAUUUGUUUGAAGAACAAUUUUUGAAAGGUGGAUCAUGCUAUCAAGAGUGUGUGAUGUUGGAAGAUGGUGUGUAUAAGUAUCAUGUCUGGAGGCCGGAUGUUGAUACUAUUAGGCAUGAAGUGAUCUUUAACAGUAGACAAAUGGACAUUGGAUGUAGUUGCAAGUUGUUUACUGAAUUGGGGAUUUUGUGUUGUCAUUGUUUACGCAUUCUAAAUGUGCAUUGUGUUUCUGAAGUCCCCGAGAAGUAUAUUUUGAAGAGGUGGACUAAAAAAGUUGUUGAAGUUGAUAAUGUUGAUAUAAUGUCUAGAGUUGAUAGUGGUAAUGGUGCAUCUUCUGUUUGGUUAUUAGAAAUCAUUAGGAAAUUUCAGAGGCUUGCUGUUUAUAGUCAGGAAAAUAUCGAAGGACGGAAGAUUUGUGAAGAAGCAAUUGCAGAUGCAAAGAGAAGACUUGAAGCUGAAUAUGGUGGCAGUUUAUUUGAAGAUUGUGACAUAGGAUCGACAAGUGGUGUUAUAAAGGAUCCAUCUACUAGGCGGAUGAAAGGGUUGCGGAAUAGGAGGGUGAGCAGCGUUAUUUCAAAGAAAUAUAACAAAGCAAGGGGACGGAAGCAUCUUGCAAAUAUGGUUGCUUCCAAAAUAAAAUCUGCUGUUUAG